AUGGAUCUAAAUUUUUCAAGCCCAAAGAAGUUUAACGGAAUUUCAUUAGAAGACUCAGGAGAUCUCGUCGUUUUUAAAGAUAUUGAAAACACGCCUAAGACAAAAAUGAAUGAUCGAUACACAAAAACAGUCGAAAAUUCCCCUUUAAAAGAUGCCUAUAUCAAACCAAAAAAGCUAGAAAUUGAUAUAAAGCACAAUAUCGAGAAUUACAACACCCAGCCAACUCAUCGCAAAUAUAUGUCAAGAAUCCCACUUUCCCCUGCAAAUGAAUGCAUUUCAUUGAAAAAAACACUUUUUAAAAAAAUUGAGCCACCUUCUAUGCUAACACAAAGAGCUUCAAGCGUAUCACCAUCGCGGACAAUCGGAAGACGCACUUUUUUGACUGAAGAAAAAAAUCCGAUUUUUCCGCUUAAUUCAGAGCAGUUUUUAAAAGAGUUUGCAAAUGGAAUUUCUGAAGCGGAAAAACGAGAAAUUAUAGGAUAUGGCACAGUUUAUUAUACCAUUUCAUGGUAAUUUAUAAUAGGGAUUAAUUAAUAUAAUAUUUGUCAUAUUUUUAAUAAUAAGGAUAUUUUAAUGCAAAAUACUCAAAAUCCAAGUACAACCCAAUCGCAAGAGAAGAUUUUGACGUUAUUAUAGGCGACCACGUAAAAUAUCGAUAUGAAAUUUUAGAAUAUCUAGGAAGCGGAACUUUUGGAAGAGUCCUGAAGUGCUUCGAUCACAAAUUAGAUGAGCCAGUCGCUAUAAAGAUCAUGAAAAAAAAUCCCAAGCACCAGAAACAAGGAGAAUCUGAAGCAAAAUUUUUAGAAAUUUUACAGAGAGCAGACCCAGAAGACUCAAAAAACAUUAUAAGGAUGAAGGAGAGAUUUAUGUUUCGAGGGUAUUUUUGCAUAGUUACAGAGCUCUUUAGCAUUAAUUUAUACCAAUUUUUGAGGAAAAACAGCUUCCAAGGGGUAAGUAUGACUUUACUUAAAAGAAUUGCUAUACAAUUACUGAUUGCAUUAAAGCAUAUCCAUUCACAAGGACUAAUUCAUUGUGAUAUUAAGCCUGAAAAUGUGCUUCUAAAGCAAGAAGGAAAAUCAAGUAUAAAAAUAAUUGAUUUUGGUAAUGCCUGUGAAAAAAAUUUAUUUCCUAUUAAUUUGAAUAGGCAAAUUAUAAAAUAAAAAAAAUUUCUUAUCAAAAAUAAUCCAGAGCACUAUAGUUUUUCACACAUAUGUGCAAAGCCGAAUUUACAGAUCCCCUGAAGUUGUCUUAGGCCGCAAAUACAACUGCAAAAUCGACAUAUGGUCAUUAGGCUGCAUGCUAGUCGAGCUCUAUCAAGGCACCCCUCUCUUCCCAUGCGAGAACGAGCAAGACCUCUUACGAAGAAUUGUUAUCGCAAUUGGGCUGCCUUCUGUAAGUUUCCUCCGCAGCUGCUCCCGAAAAAACAUUUAUUUUACCCCAGAUUACAAGCUAAUCAGGGUAAAAGAAAACAAAAGAAGCUACUGUCCUUCACCUCGGACUUUACUACAAAUCCUUGAAGGCGCUGACUCAGAUUUUUCUUCUUUUAUUGAAAGAUGCUUAACUUGGGACCCUCAAGACCGAAUUACUGCAGAAGAAGCCUUGUCUCAUCAAUGGAUAAACCCAAAUAAAGAACAAAUUACCCCACUGCGUAAGACGAGGUCACGAUUUUUUAGUGAGACUCAUAAAUUUUAA